CGGCGCCCAAUGGGGUGCGCUGCCCACGUGACCAGGCAGAAGGCGGGAGGCCGGGAGGUCGCAUGACCAGCGCGCAAGAUGGCGGCUCCCAGCGCGUGCGGCCAGGCGCUGUCGCUGCGGGUGGUGGCCGAGUGCGGGCGCAGCCGAGCCCGGGCCUGCGAGUUGCGGCUGCCGCACGGCGCCGUGCCCAGCCCGGUCUUCAUGCCUGUGGGCACGCAGGGCACCAUGAAGGGCGUCACGGUCAAGCAGCUGGAAGCACUGGGCUGCCGCAUCUGCCUGGGCAACACCUAUCACCUGGGCAUGCGGCCGGGCCCUGAGCUCAUCAAGCAAGCAGGCGGGCUCCAUGGGUUCAUGAACUGGCCAUACAACUUGCUCACGGACAGUGGUGGGUUCCAGAUGGUCUCGCUGGUGGAGCUGGCCGAGGUGACUGAGGAAGGGGUGCAGUUCCAGUCCCCAUAUGAUGGUGGGCAGAUCCUGCUAAGUCCAGAGAAGUCCAUUGAGAUCCAAAAUGCCCUGGGGUCAGACAUCAUGAUGCAGCUGGACGACGUGGUGAGCAGCACAGUCACAGGCCCCCGCGUGGAGGAAGCCAUGUACAGGUCGAUUCGCUGGCUGGACCGCUGCAUCGCUGCAAACUGCCACCCAGAGAAGCAGAACCUCUUUGCCAUCACAGGGGGCCUGGACCCUGCCCUGAGAACCAAGUGCCUCAAAGAGAUGACCCAGCGGGAUGUGGCUGGCUUUGCCAUUGGGGGCCUGAGUGGUGGGGAGGAGAAGGACCAGUUCUGGCGCAUGGUGGCACUUAGCACUGCCCAUCUGCCCCGGGACAAGCCACGCUACCUCAUGGGAGUUGGAUACCCGACGGACCUGGUUGUCUGCAUCGCUUUGGGCUGCGACAUGUUCGAUUGCGUCUUCCCCACCAGGACGGCGCGCUUUGGCUCAGCCCUGGUGCCCUGGGGAACCCUGCAAGUGAAGAACAAGCAGUUUGCCAAGGACUUCCGACCCCUCAACGAGGACUGCUCCUGCCCCACCUGCAGUAGGUACACCCGCGCUUACCUGAAUGCGCUGAUCCGCACAGACACGGCCGCCUUGCACCACCUCACUGUGCACAAUAUUGCCUACCAGCUGCAGCUGAUGGCAUCUGUGCGGCAGAGCAUUGUGGAGGGUCGGUUUCCCGCCUUCGUCCGCAACUUCAUGGGCACCAUGUAUGGCACCCCCCAACGCUGCCCUGCCUGGGCCCUCGAUGCCCUUGCCUCCGUUGGCAUUGCCCUCGACUGACCAGAGGUGGAGCCCCUGCCUGGAGCCACUCAGAGUCCUCUGCCAGCUUGGGAUCCCCCAUGUUCCUCUCUCCUGCACUGACUGACAUGGGACCCCCUCCAUGUUACCCCCCUGCCUUGAAUGACCAGCCUGGGACCAUCCCCACACCCCCCUCUACCCAGAUUGGCUGGGGUUACCCCCACACCUCCCUCCCUCCCUCCCUCCUGCCCUGGGAUACCCCCCACCCUCCUUCCCAGACUGCCUGGGACCUUCUCCAUGUUACCCUACUGCCCUGGACCAACCUGGGACCCCACCCUUGUCCUGCCCCAGGCUGGCCUGGGUUCUCCCUCAUGUGUGUCUCCCCUUCCCUGGAUUCCCCCACUCCUGACCCAGGCUGACCUGAGCCCCCUUCUACAUUCCCCUCCUGCCUUGAACUAGCCUGGUUUACCCCCUCCCCCUUCCCUUCUAGGCCAGGGACUCUGCCUUUUCCUGUUCAUUUCCAAAUCUGGCUUCCCUGCCACAAAGGAUUCUGGGUAACACUGGCCCCCUCCCCCCAUUACUGGGUGGUUGGGACCCUAAGCAGAGAGGUGGGGGCAGGGUGGAGGUGGCCCUGGCUGCCUAGAGGGGGGCUGCUGAUGAGGGUGCUAAGGAAGGUGAUGGUCCUGCCCACCCCCUCCCCAAAUAAAGCCUUUAAAGCUA